UAACCACCUCAAGGACUCUUUGUCAUGGCGCCUAACAAUCUCUUUAGUGACCUCUACAACUUUUUGAAGGCCCCAACACCUCCCCAAGAACCUCUUCAAGAAGUGGUACAAUCUUCUGGGCCCUUACAACCUCUUCAAGAAGUGCUACAAUAUCCUUAAGGACCCCUACAACUUCGACAAGUUCCCCUAAACCCUCUUCUUUCUCGUUAAGUAAAGAAAGUAAUGCUAGCAUGCACCCUAACUAAAGUGGUAACGUUUAGCUAGCUAGGCUAGUUAACAUUAUUGGCAUGUUAGCAUUGUCAGUGUGAGCACGUUAGCAAUCUUCCGUUAGCAUUUAGCUAGCUCAACGCACCGGUGUCUAUUUUCUACACUCUAUGGUCAUGUUCUACACCCUCGCAGAGCUUUUAGUAUUGAAACUGUGUGUCCAAAAGUACUUUAUAUACUGUCCGCCGUCAAAGUGGGUAGGCCAACAUUUAUUAUUAUUUUUUAUUUAUUUAUUGAAUUGUCGCAGUGGAACGAUAAAGGGUAACAUUAGCUAGGUCUAUUUUGUUUUUAACUAACGUUAGUGCCCACCAUGGAUGUAUUAGCUAAGAGAGCGGAGCAGCAGCCCCGUCACUGUGGUCGGUGUUGGUCGGUGUUCGAGUCGCAUAUACGGACCGGCGAAGCGGCAGACAGGUCACACUGCAGUGAUGUCAUCAGGCCUCCUCUUCCUCCUCCCCUGCCUCAUCCUCACCCCGGCCGCAACGUUGGAGUUUCGUUACCACAACAACCCUGAGAUCGAGCAGUACCUCCUCCAGGUCAAUGCCUCCAACCCCGCCAUCACACACCUGUACAGCAUUGGCCAGUCUGUCAGAGGGCAGCAGUUGUGGGUUUUGGCUCUGGGUCUCAGUCCUCGCCGUCACACCGUCGGCAUCCCCGAGUUCAAAUAUGUGGCUAACAUGCAUGGAAACGAGGUUCUUGGCCGGGUGGUGCUGCUACAGCUAAUCGACGACUUGGUGCGUGGUUACCGUAACAACGAAACGUGGUCAUUGCAGUUACUCAACAGCACCCGCAUCCACAUCCUGCCGACGAUGAACCCAGACGGCUUCGAUGAAUCGGACACAGACUGCCAGUACAGCCAGGGCAGGACCAACUAUAACGGCGUUGAUCUGAACAGGAACUUCCCCGAUGCUUUCGCCGGUCUCCGGAGGCAGCCGCAGCUUGCCGAGCAGAGUUGUGAGGCAGAGGUCAGAGCUGUGAUUGGCUGGUUGAGGACUGAGAGUUUUGUUCUCUCUGCCAACCUUCAUGGAGGUGCUUUGGUGGCCAGUUAUCCUUACGACAACAGCAACGGAGGCAGCGAGCUGGUGGGCGGGGCCAGCGUCACCCCUGAUGACGAUGUGUUCGUCCACCUAGCCAAGGUUUACUCAUACAACCACGCUUCUAUGUACAAGGGUGACAUCUGCGGUGACAGCAGGCCGUUCCUGGAGGGUGUCACCAACGGAUACCAGUGGUACCCUUUGGCAGGUGGGAUGCAGGACUAUAACUAUGUGUGGGCGCAGUGUUUGGAGCUGACUCUGGAGAUUUCCUGCUGCAAGUUUCCUCCAGUCCAACAACUUCCCGCUUUGUGGACGGAUAACAGGAAGUCGCUGCUGGCCUUCAUCCAACAGGUCCACCUGGGGGUCAAAGGUCGUGUGUUCGAUGGCUCAGGAGUGCCGGUCCAGAACGCGGUGGUGGAGGUCAAAGGUCGCACCAAUAUGUGUCCAUUCAGAACCGACCGACACGGAGAAUACUACCGACUGCUGCUGCCUGGAAACUACAGCUUCACAGUGACGUACCCGGGUCACGAGGUUUUGACGGAGACUCUUAACGUCCCGCACGGUCCCGAUCGCUACUCGGCCAUGAAACACGACUUCAUGUUACGCCGCAUCACCACCUCGGCUAACCCCACCCAGGCUGACCCCACCCAGGCUAGCCUCACCCCUAGCUGCGACUACAAUUUACGGCUGGAGGCGGGCGGAGUCGUCCCCAGGCCCACGUGGACAGGGCUGGGUGCGGUGCUCGGCCUGGCCGCAGCGCUCCAAUCCCUGGUCGGCUGAAGCCGCCUGGCGCUCGGCGCGACGCUCGCAGGUUUGAACCCUCAACCUGCAAGAAAACAAACAACAAGAGGUCCUCCAGAGGUUUCUGGAGGUUCACCAUUCGCCACCAGCCUCGUCACGGCAGAAGUAUUCAAA